UGUCAGGCGGCAAGGAAGGGGUCCCGAAGCAAAUGGCUUUCCCUGAGCCGAAACCACGGGGCCCGGAGCUGCCGCAAAAACGGGUGAAGACGCUGGACUGCGGGCAGGGGGCAGUGCGAGCUGUACGAUUUAAUGUGGAUGGCAAUUACUGUUUGACGUGCGGCAGCGACAAGACCCUGAAGCUGUGGAAUCCGUUGCGAGGGACGCUACUGCGGACGUACAGUGGCCACGGCUACGAGGUGCUGGACGCGGCCGGCUCCUUUGACAACAGCAGUCUGUGUUCCGGCGGCGGGGACAAGGCGGUGGUGCUGUGGGAUGUGGCAUCGGGGCAGGUCGUUCGCAAAUUCCGGGGCCACGCGGGGAAGGUGAACACGGUCCAGUUUAAUGAAGAGGCCACAGUCAUCCUGUCUGGCUCUAUCGAUUCCAGCAUACGCUGCUGGGACUGCCGAUCGCGGAGGCCUGAGCCAGUGCAGAGGCUGGACGAAGCCAGGGAUGGCAUAUCCAGUGUGAAGGUGUCAGACCAUGAGGUCCUGGCAGGCUCCGUGGAUGGCCGGGUGAGGCGCUAUGACCUGAGGAUGGGGCAACUCUUCUCAGACUAUGUGGGCAGCCCCAUCACUUGUACCUGCUUCAGCCGGGACGGGCAGUGCACCCUGGUGUCCAGCCUGGACUCCACGUUGCGGCUUCUAGACAAGGACACAGGGGAGCUGCUGGGCGAGUAUUCGGGCCAUAAGAACCAGGAGUACAAGCUGGACUGCUGCCUGAGCGAGCGUGACACACACGUGGUCAGCUGCUCCGAGGACGGGAAGGUGUACUUCUGGGACCUGGUGGAGGGUGCCCUGGCACUGGCCCUGCCCGUGGGUCCAGGUGUGGUGCAGUCACUGGCCUUCCACCCCACGGAGCCCUGCCUGCUGACCGCUGUGGGGGGCAGUGUCCAGUGCUGGCGGGAGGAGGCUUAUGAGGCUGAGGGUGGCACCAGCUGA